AAAAAUGAGAGCGAUUUUGGCGUCUACAAGUGCAAAUAAUGUUAAACGCGGCAUUUUUUCUUUUGACAAAUCCCUACUUUCUAAACAUCGAAUUUGGUUAAUUGGUAUUGGAACUGGAAUUGGAGUGGGAAUUGGGGCUUAUUAUUUAUGGAAAAAGACUAGAGGGGGACGGACGCGUAAUGCUUUUCUUGUAUGGGCAGAACAAAAGAAAGCGCAAGGAAUUGAUGUUUACAAAGACAAACGAUACCAAGAAGCCAUACAAAUUUUUAAUGACAUAAUUCAAUCACUUUAUGACGAGCCAUCUAAAUUGAUAGGUCAGGUAUAUGAUGAAUUGAUGGCAGCAUGUGAAAAUAAUAUUGCGGCUUGUUAUGAUGCUUUGCUUGAUUCAAUUAAAUGCAUUGAACAUUGCACCAAAGCUAUUCAAUUAAAGCCUGAUUAUGCAAAGGCGCUUGUUCGUAGGGCAAGAUGUUUACAUCGUUUGGAAAGACCUUUGGAGGCACUUGAAGACUAUUUGGUUUCGCUUUCAUUGGAGCAAGGCUCUAUGCCUUCGCAACAAAUUGCGGUCAUUCAAAAUGACGUUGACAAACUUAUGAAUGAGAUUAGCGAGGUUGAAUGCAAUAAACUUUUAGAGAAUCGUGUAGGACAGCGACAGAAAAUUUCUCAAUCAGUUGUUGAACCUUGGCAGUUUUGCACUUCGAUUCAUGACCCGUUGUUGUUGAGGGCUGCUGGACUUCAUGAAAAAGCUAGCGAAGGAAGUUUGGAUGCUGCUUUGGUUGAAUUAAAACGUUGUAAUUACAACGAAAUUGUUUCGUUGUCGACAAAGGCCAUUGAAAACGACCAAAAUGAUAAUAUUGAAAAAGCACAAGCUGUACUUUUGGCUGCUCGUUUUCUUCAUUAUCAUGGGUUGGAGGAGGAAGCUGUGGCUAUGGCAGACAAAUUUAAGACUUUUUGGGAACAAUUAGAUGAAGCUCAGAAAUUGGCAAACAAAGAUUUGAAUGUUGCUCAAAUUGUGCUUGAAAUGACCUUAGAACGUAAUCAGACAGACGAAUCUGGAAUUGAUAAUGGAAAUGGAGAAAAUGUGACAUUAAAUGAGGCAAAACUUCAACGUUUAAAUCAAUUAGUUGAUGAGGCGCUUCGUAUUAAUCCUUUAAAUGUUGAUCCUUUGGUAAAAUUAUUCGGUGGGGACAUAAUUAGUGACACAUUUUUUCAAUCGCGGAUAAAAAUAUUAAACUCUAAUAUUUUUCUCUUAAUUUAUAUAUCAUUUUAA